AUGAAGGCAGUUUUCGGUGCUGGCCAACAAGGUUCCGCUGCAGUUCCCAUCAUUUCAGGCGUAGCAGCUCUCGGUGCAGGUGUCUACUAUCUAGGCAGAUCCAAGCCCGGGACCACACCUGAGCAAGACCGCAGGGGUCGCGCGGAGGCCAAAAAGGCCGAAGGACUCAGCGGCGCCGGCAUUGGAGGAAAUGCCGUCACAGGCGGCCACGAGCUUAGCCACGUCAACUCGAACCGCAAAGAGGGCACCACAGCACCUCCCGAGAAGCUUCCCAGCGGUGGAGUAGGCGGCGGAGUUGGCGCUGGCGGCUCCAACGUUCGAACUUCAGUUGAGAUGUCUGCCAAAGACCAGCCCGGUACAUCGAGCACUUCCCAUGGCAGUGGAAUGUUGCAGGGCUUGUUUGGCACUGGAGGAUCGAAAGCUGGUGACGGGUCUGGAAAGGAGACCAAGGAUACGAGAGUGGCUAGCAACUACGAUGGCACACCAACCAAGAGAGACGCGACGAAGCACGACCAACACCAGCCUAGAGUGGACAAAUCAGGUGGCGGCGACGACAGCAAUAACAAGGGUGGUAGCAGCAGCAGCAAGAAUACCAAUGACCAGUCAGCUUCACAAUCCCUCCAGGGCGCUUUUGGACAGGGAGGAGGCAAUGUCGCUGAGCGCGGUGAUCAGAGCCAAGGCUUCCGUGAUCCCCGAGUUGCGAGCAACCAUACCGAGACGACGACCAAGAAACAUGCCAACUAG